UCUUCUUACGGCCCUGAUGAUAUCGAAACACACACGCGUGUCGAGAUUCGCGAUACGUCCCUAUGUAUGCGUACACUUCGUGCACAUACACAUCGAAUGAUGCUUCGCCUUCGAUAUGGAGUGGAGGACUAUAGUUUUGACGGUGUUGGCAGUGAGUCUGUGUUUUGCUGUAAUACCGAUUCGGGUUGGCCCGGAUGUCAGCACGGAAGAUGUUAAGCUUUUCGAGGACUAUGUUACGCGUUACAACAAAUCUUACAAGAACGAGCCCGAGGAAUACGAUAAAAGAUUCAAGAGGUUUCAGAGAUCGUUGCGGCACAUAGACACAAUGAACGGCCUUAGAUCUUCACGGGAGAGCGCUUACUUUGGACUUACCAAAUACUCGGACAUGUCCGAGAAUGAAUUUCUGACCCAAACACUUGUUCCGGAUCUUCCUAUAAGAGGAGAAAGGCACUUGAUGGCAUCCUACCACCAGUGCCAUCACCAGCGACGGUCUGGCAACCGGGUGAGAAGAUCUAUCGGCGUGCCGGCGAAAUUCGACUGGAGAGAGAAAGGUGUGGUGUCUCCUGUGCAAAGUCAAGGGACCUGCGGUGCUUGUUGGGCCUUCAGCACUGUCCAAGUGGCAGAAUCAAUGUUUGCGAUCAAAAAUGGCACUUUGUACCCACUGAGCGUCCAAGAAAUGAUCGACUGCGCAAAGAAUAGCAAUUUUGGUUGCGAGGGAGGGGACAUCUGCAGCUUGCUCUCGUGGUUGGUGUUGACAAAAGCGGCGAUACUUCCAGCGUCCGUGUACCCGCUUACGCGAACGACGGGUACGUGUAGGCUGGACAAGACGUUGACGAAGGGGACCAGCGUUCGAGUAAAAGACUUCACGUGCGACAAUUUCGUAGAUGCAGAGGAUGAUCUGCUGGCAACGCUCGCUACGCAUGGACCAGUCGCGGCCGCGGUCAACGCUCUAUCUUGGCAGAACUACUUGGACGGAGUGAUGCAGGAUCAUUGCGAUGGCUCUUUCGCUAGCCUGAACCACGCUGUACAGAUAGUCGGCUACGACAAGACGGCGGCCAUACCGCAUUACAUCGUCAAGAAUUCGUGGGGCACCGGCUUCGGCGAUAAAGGCUACAUGUACAUUGCGAUAGGCAGUAAUUUAUGCGGUACGAUUAAUUUUGCUUUGCGAAAUAUGUUAACGCGGGCGCUUAUCGCGCUUAUCGUAUUUAUUAGGCACGUUAAACACGACCCUCGGGGUCGGCAAAUAUCAACAAAAAUAUUUUUGUUGUUGUCAUUCGACCGUUAGGUCAGUUUCGCGCGAGCGGAGCGGGCGAGAAAAAUGCCAAAGAAAAGUGCAACGAUCGUGAUACGGGUUAUAAAUAACCGAAGUAUUAUUAAGCAAUUGACAAGUAGGUUGUAAGCAAAUCGACAGAACAAAUUGACAGAAAUGAAUUGUGUUUCGACAGGUAUAGCAAACCAAGUCUCGUCGCUGGAUCUACUCUAAGCCGCUAAAUGAGACAGGACGAAGAGUCGAACGUGAUUGGCUUGAAAUAAAGUGCUCAUAUUGGCCCGUAAAUGUACAUAGCCUAUGAAAGUAUUUUAAUCAAGGUAAUCAUUGUUACGACGCCUGUUGUUAUAUAAGUAUAAAUACUAACAAGUAUUCUGUCGCGAGACGGUUCACACGACUGCUCUAAUUUUUACAAACUUCUUAACGCGCGCCAAGCGUUAGGCUGUAAUAAAAGAUUUCAUUUACC